UUAUAACCGAAUCACCGCAGAAUCAGGAUGUAGCCGUCAAUGCAGGUCAAUGGACAGUCAGGAUUACCUCAAUCCGGAGUCUUUUUAGGAAACCGAAGCAAUUUAAAGGGACGCGACCACGUGUUUAUUGCCUCUUGUGUUUUCUCUGUUCAAGUUCUACGUCUGAGGUGCCAGUGGCAAUUGUGGGAUGGAUCCAGUUUCUUCGUUUAUCGACACGUCUCAGACGUCUUUCUAUAUUUCUCUCCUUGCCAUUGCUUUCAAUCCUACCGCAUGGAACAUCGUGGCUCGCAAUGAGUACAGGAACAAGACUAUCACGAAAAUAUUUGGUGGAAAUGCUCGCUACGGAUGCUACUUCCUCGCCCUCCUCAUCUUUGGAUUUGGUAUCCUCCGGGACCACCUAUACCAGCGUGCACUAGGAGACCAGCCACGCGUGCCCAUGCUCCCAGAGCCAUACGCGACGCAAAUACCCAUGAUCAUGUUCAUCGUCGGACAAGUCUUCGUCGUCACGUCGACGUGGGCGCUGGGAGUCACGGGUACAUUCCUCGGCGACUACUUUGGGAUCCUUAUGGACCAUCGAGUGGAAGGAUUCCCGUUCAAUGUUCUCAGAGAUCCCAUGUACGUGGGCAGUACCCUGUGUUUUACGGCGACUGCUCUGUGGUACGAGCGCCCCGCUGGGCUGUUGAUCACGCUGUAUGUCUAUGUGGUGUAUAUUAUCGCCUUGCGGUUUGAAGGCCCAUUCACGGAUAUGAUCUACUCAAAGCGCGCCAGCACAGACAAGAAAGACACGUAAACGCCCUAUAACGUUGAUGAGCUGGAUUGCUCAAAAAAAGGUUUCCUUGGAUUUAGAUAUGGUGGAGUUGACAUGUGGUAGAACAUAUUCAUAUUUCAAUCUAUAAUGAAACUAUGUGGAGUGCCUGCGGUUUACGCUGAGAAUAUAUUUUACAGGAUGAAGUGAUAUUUCGUCAAGAUGCCAAACUAGCAUAUUCUUUAUCUCCGCCGUCACUCCGCUUCAGCUACUCUAGCAUCAUCUGAUUUCCGCAUUCCAUUGAAUAUCCCAUGGUCACUACCUGACACUUCAUCCUCUUCGUCGAUGUACUGGUACCUGUUCCCGUUCUGGCGAGUUAGGCGACCAUUUUGGUUUCCUUGUAUGGUUUCAUGCGUAAAACGCGUUGCGUAAGGGCGGUGGGAGACCACUGAGGCAAGAGAGGGGUAGUACUGCCUAUACGCGAAGAGCGAGACGACGAUACCGAGGAUGGAUCCUGUCA